GCGGGCGGAUGGAGCGGGCGGGUGGCAUCCUGAGGCUCGAGAGCUCGUAUAAGGAAAAUCUGAUUGGAACUUUGCUAGCCAUCUUUGGAAAUCUUGUUAUCAGUAUCUCUCUCAACGUGCAGACCUUGGCCAGGCAGCAGUGAAUACUAUUAAUGUUCGCAGCAUUCACACCAAGGUUCCGGAAGGCCAGCAUGACAUCAAUGAUUGUAAUGCGAGAGAAGUACAGCCAUGUGAGGUUAUCAGGCACCAAGGAUCCUCGGUCGUACUUUCGGACAAAGACCUGGUGGUUGGGACUGGUGUUGAUGUUACUGGGGGAGCUGGGAAUCUUCACCUCGUACGCCUACGCACCACUAUCGGUCGUCACACCACUCAGUGCUGUUUCCAUUGUCGCCAGCUCAAUUUUAGGAAUCAUAUUCCUGAGGGAGAAGUGGAAACCCAAAGAAUUUUUGCGGCGAUAUGUGCUGUCGUUUCUUGGCUGCGCUUUGACAGUGAUCGGUAUCUAUUUGUUGGUCACAUUUGGACCAAAUACUCAUGAGAAGCUUUCUGGGAGGAACCUGGAACUGCACCUUCUUGGGUUGCCAUUCCUCCUGUACCUGCUUGUGGUGAUCAUCAUCUUCUGCCUUCUCCUAUAUUUCUAUAAAAGGCAAAAAGUGGCCUAUCUUGUCAUUGUUCUGCUGCUGGUGGCCCUGCUGGGAUCAGUGACUGUUGUUGCAGCAAAAGGUGUGUCAGGAAUGGUCAUUCUGUCGAUUCAGGGGAACAUACAGCUGACUUAUCCUAUAUUCUACGUGAUGUUUGUGUGUAUGGUCGCAACGGCAGUUUAUCAAGCAGCGUUUCUGCAUGAGGUAUCUAAGUUACAUGAUGCAUCCCAGAUUGCCAGCCUUAGCUACAUUCUCUCCACAAUAAUUGCUGUCAUCGCUGGGGCCACAUUCUAUUUGGAGUUUAGAGGUACCGAUGCUCUUCACAUCUGCAUGUUCAUCUUUGGCUCCUGCAUGGCUUUCCUAGGCGUGUUUUUGAUUACAAAGAGUAAGAAGAAGACGACAUUUGAACCAUACAUCAGGAUGGAUGCAAUUCCAGGACUCAGGAGUAUAUUUGAUAGGAAGAGCCCAGUGCAGCCAGAGUUGAGCGGCUCCUUUUCCUAUGGCACCCUGGAGAACAGUGUCAAUCCCACCGAUAGCCAGCAGCUACAGGCGCUGCCUGAGACACAGCAGGAACCUGACACGCCUUACCCAGCCUUGGAGUCAAAGCUGGACUGAACUCUGACCAGACAGGGGAAUGUGAAACUCAGCCCAUGUGAGGCAGCCCUGGUUUCUAGGCUCUACUCCCAGUUUCUCUUGGACACUGCAUCCUGUGGUGAUGCAGCAUCAACAGCUGAGUGAAGCAGCACUAUACCUCAAGAUCCUGUUCUGCCACUGCUGGGCCUGUUGGAGCGACAGAAAAAAAUGUACGUGAAAUGUAUGUAGAAUAAUGGAGACAUAUAACAUGGAUGGCCUUGUCCCCAUCCCUAGUGUGCUGGGUUACCCGAUCUAUUGUUGGUCCUCACUCGCUCACAUGAUCUACUGCCAAAUUCCUUACCUUGUCCAGGCCCCUGCAUGCAGUGUGAUCAUUUAUUUGAAAUGCGAAGUUUCAGUUUAUUUAAUGAUUAUAUGUACUUCUUUGUGUUGUGUGAAAGAAUGGAGUUCCUGGGUUGGUGGGGGUUGGGGUUGUGGUGGAGGUGUAAGGGUACCUGUUCGUUACUUCCUGCACUCUAACUGCUAAAUGAAGAAGACUGGUGUGAAAUUUCUGUAUAGGCUAAUAAAUCAAAGUCAACACUGA